AUGACAUUGAAGUCAACAGAUUCAUCAACACCGGUCAUGACUGGUGACUUCCAGGCCCCCUCUCGAAAACGGAGACGUUUGUCACCAGAAUCCUGGACUGACGAUGAACCAAGCUCUUCUGUUUUUGGGCCGUCACUGCCUAGCCUCCCAAAGCGAGAAUGCGACGACGAGACCGACCCCAGCGUGAAAGAACACCAACUACAGCUUGCAGAAAAGAAUGUCGCGCCUUUCCUAACCAAGCAUAUUCGUGAUCAACACGCUGCCAUGAACCGAUUUGAACCUCUCGAGACCCCAAAUAGCUCUAAGAAUCCGAAUUCAAAGUACUGCUACCGCCAUCGGCCCGAUUUAAAAUGCCGACGUCAGGCUGAUGAGAUCACGAUGGACCAUAUGCAACAGGAACUACACACCUUAUCACAAGGCGACCAACAAAGUAUCGCGCUUUUCUGGUCCUUGUUUUCCGCCGCCCCGUCAAAACACCGUAACCUGAUGCUUCAGGGCAUUCUUGCCCAAUGCUGUUUCCCCCAGCUCUCCUUUAUCUCUGCUACCAUCCGAGAUCUUAUUCGAAUCGACUUCUUAAGCGCUCUACCACCUGAGAUAUCGUUCAAAAUCUUGUGCUAUCUCGAUACAGCUUCGCUCUGCAAAGCAGCCCAGGUCUCACGUCGUUGGCGAGACUUGGCAGAUGAUGAUGUUGUUUGGCAUAGAAUGUGCGAGCAACACAUUGACAGGAAAUGUAAAAAGUGUGGAUGGGGCCUUCCUGUGUUGGAUCGAAAACGCCUGAGAGAUACAAAACGGCGGAUUCAGCUGCGCGCUGCUGGCAGAGCGAUAACCCCCAAAUCAGCAACUCCAGAAGCCAUCAUUCCUGAUGAUGAUUACUUCAAACCCCACUAUCGCCCUUGGAAAGAUGUUUAUCGGGAUCGAUUUAAGGUUGGCAUCAAUUGGAAACAUGGGAGAUGCACUACGAAGAUUUUUAAAGGGCAUACCAACGGCGUAAUGUGUCUUCAAUUUGAAGACAAUAUUCUCGCGACUGGAUCCUACGAUACGACCAUCAAAAUUUGGGAUACGGAUACUGGGGAAGAAUUGCGCACCCUUCGCGGGCAUCAAUCCGGCAUUCGAUGCUUGCAGUUCGAUGAUACAAAACUCAUUAGUGGAAGCCUUGACCGGACAAUUAAGGUCUGGAAUUGGCGCACAGGAGAAUGUAUAUCCACCUAUACAGGUCACAAUGGCGGCGUCAUCUGCCUCCAUUUUGACGCAACCACUCUUGCUUCAGGAUCGAUGGACCAUACCGUCAAAAUCUGGAACUUCCAGGACAAGUCCACACGAGUUCUACGGGGCCAUGAAGACUGGGUCAACUCCGUGAAAAUUGAUUCUGCCUCUCGCACGGUAAUUACCGCCUCGGACGAUUCGACAAUUCGACUUUGGGACCUUGACACGGGAAACUGCGUCCAUACCUAUACAGGGCAUGUAGGCCAAGUCCAACACGUUGUAUUCUUACCGCGAGAAUUCGAAUUCGAAGACCACGGCGGUGAAGAUGCCCAGAGCAUAACUUCCACUACAACCAACGCCGAAGCGGAAUAUGUCCAUACCCACGACCAUGUCACUACAGACGAAGCGUCGCUUUCCACAUCUUUUCCCGUGCCCAUGUCACCAGCUUUCGACACGCUCUUCAGGAAUGGCCGGCCAACUCCUCCUAGAUACAUGGUCACCGCCUCGCUUGACUUAACUCUCCGGCUUUGGGAAGUGCCUACGGGGCGAUGUCUGCGAACAUUCUUCGGUCACAUCGAAGGCGUUUGGGCGCUUGGUGCGGACACACUCCGAAUCGUGUCUGGCGCGCAUGACCACAUGACAAAGGUGUGGUGUCCCAGAACCGGCCACUGCGAGAGAACAUUCACAGGGCAUACGGGGCCGGUGACAUGCGUCGGUCUGAGCGAAAGCAGAUUCGCAACGGGUAGCGAGGAUUCGGAAGUGCGAAUGUAUAGCUUUAGGCCUUGA